UGCUAAGCUGUUGACAUGGCAACGAACACCUCAUCCAAAUAUGACAAAAUCCCCCGCAAAGUUCUAAUCCAAGGAUCUCCUACUAUCUACCAGCUGAAACUUAAGAAGGAGAACAUUCAACCUCAGAGAACAAUUAAAGAGAACAUUGGAACUCUGACAAGAAUGACUCUUGGUGAAAAAGAUCCAAACAAGAUAAACAAAACCAUCUUACUUGUUGGUGAAACAGGAACAGGAAAAUCUACUCUGAUCAACGCUCUGGUCAACUACGCCAUGGGAGUGGAGUGGGAGGAUGAUGUCUGGUUUCAGAUCGUAGAAGACGAGAAGAGAAGUCAAUCAGAAAGUCAGACAUCAGAUGUGAUCGUGUACCAGAUCUUUGGUUUUGAAGAUAAAACUCUGCCCUACUCUCUGACCAUCAUCGAUACUCCUGGAUACGGAGACACCAGAGGGAUCGAACAAGAUGCCAUCGUCAGUCAAAGAUUAUUAGACCUGUUUCACUCAGAGGAUGGAGUUCAUGAGAUUAAUGCAGUGGGUCUGGUGAUGAAAGCAAGUGAGAAUCGACUGAGUGACCGACUGAGGUACAUCUUUGAUUCAGUGAUGUCUCUGUUUGGAAAAGACAUAGAGAAGAAUAUUGUCGCCCUCAUAACACACUCAAAUGGUGUGACACCUGAAAAUGUUUUGAAUGCUCUCAAGGCUGCAAACAUUAAAUGUGCCAAAGAUGAGGAGAAUGAAACUGUUCACUUCCUGUUUGAUAACUGCCAGAGCACUCAGAAAACAAAGAAAAAUAAGGUUGCUUUGAAAGGUGCAUGGGAAGUAACAAUGGACCAAAUUGGUCAAUUCACUGAUUUCCUGACAGAAAAUACCCCUAAAAGGCUGGAGACAACUGUUGAAGUGUUGGAUACACACACCAGACUGACAGCCUGCAUCCAAGACCUGCAAGACAGAAUUAAGUUUAUUGAUCUAAAACAGGCAGAAAUCCUUCAGAUUCAACAGCUUCUGAAGAAACAUAAAGAAGAGAUGAAGAAAAAUGAGAACUUUACUAUAGAAUUUGAUGAGCCCUACAUAGAUACAGAACGUAUCAAGGGUGGGAUGUGGGGGUUGUUUUUCUAUGAAGGAGCUGUCUGCUGCAAAACGUGUCAGAGGAACUGUCACUAUCCCAAAUGCACAGUGGCCUGGUAUCCAAGAGACUGUGAGGUCAUGAAUAGUGGCUGCUGCACUGUAUGUGGUUGUUCUGUAUCAGCUCAUGUUAAAGAAGAGUGGAAGUAUGUGAACAAGACAAGAAAUGUUAAAAAGACCCUGCAAGAUGUGAAGGACAAGUAUGAAAGGAACAAGGCAGGAAGUGAGAGCAAGUCAAGCCUUUUGGAAACUCUUAAGAAAAACAUGGAAGAACUUCAGAAAGAAAAAGAUCAGUUGUUGGAGGAGUCCUUUCAGCAUGUUGUCAAACUGGAGCAGAUCGCCCUGAAUGUUAAUUCAGUGUCCACUUAUGACCACUUGGACUUCCUGAUUGAGAAGAUGACGGAGAAAGGAGACACAGGGAAGAAGAGGAAACUGGAAGAGAUGAAAGGUCGAAUGGAUGAAGAUGAAGGAAUCAAAGCAGCGUGGAGCUACGGGUUUGGUAAACUAACAGGAGCUGGUAAAGCAAAGAGACAAAGAACUACAUGAUCAGAAUCCCUGUGAGUAAAUAACUGUAGAAAAUAAGGUCUACACUGAGGAUCAAAUGUGUUUCAUUUCAUUUAAUAAAUAUUACAUUGCGAUCACCUUUUUAAAUGUCAAAUGUGUAAUUCCUGAAAAAAGUGCCCUCUGUGGUGUAAUGACUGUUUCUGUUUGUUCUUGUAGUUUCAUGUUUAAUCACCACAUUCUCACUCCCAACACACAUGGUCAGGAACCCCUGGCACACUUGGUCAAGUCCAAUUUGGUGUCAUUUUUUAACGUGCUUGGUCAGGAACCCCUGCCGCCACUUCUUAACGAUCUGGGUACCUCUGUGGGGUCAUUUUCAAUGUGCAGCGUAAAACCACUCAGUUUGGGUUGGGAAAAGAUGGUGGGUGGGGUUAAAAGAUAUGAUGUGUAUUUAAGUGACACACAGGACAAGAACAGAACACAAACCCCGGUCUCCUGGGGGAAAGUCCUGUGUUUCUUGUUUUAUUUUGGGUCUUUAAUACUAAUUCCUACCGUUGUUGCUCUUCAUACUUUCAGGGUGCCUUGUGCAUCGGUAUCUGACACUGAGGGCCACUGACCAAGCAUCAGCAUGUUGAUGAGUUGGGAGUGAGAACGUCUUGGUUUAAACAGCUCUGGUUUUAAAUGCAGUGAGGACGCCCCCUGCUGUUUGAUGUUGAAUACAGCAGCUUCCUCCUCUAUAUCACAAGCUGAAGUCAGAUCACAAAUACAUUUAUUAUUCUUUACUUUCUUUGUGUGAGUUUAAUGUUUCAAAUGAUUUUCUAAUGUGCUGUUCAGUCAAUACAAGGCUGUGAUUCAUUCUGUGUUUUAAUGAUUAUUUUGUACUACUUUUGUUUCUUUAUUUUGAGUGAUUAAAUAUAUUCUGUUGUUCUAAAUGAUAUAAUAUCCUGUCUGAUGCAGUUUUCUGUGAAUCAUUAAUAAAAUGUCUGCUUGAUGAAACCA